AUGGAAGGAAGAAGAGUUCACACCAGGAUAAAGGAGCAGGUCAGCAAAAACCCAGGCAACCCUUCAGCAAGGUUGGAUCAAUGUGGAUCAGCCCCCGACACCGGAGAAGGCCUCCACCAAUCCACGGUUAAGACUAGAGAAAAAUAUUUUCCCUGCAACCAAUGCGGAAAGAGUUUCUAUCAAUUGCAACACUUGCAGUGUCACCAAUGUAUCCAUACUGGUGAAAAGCCUUACACCUGUGACCAAUGUGGGAAGAGUUUCAGACAAUCAGGCACCUUAAAAUCUCACAAGCUUAUCCACACUGGAGAAAAGCCUUACACCUGUGACCAAUGUGGGAAGAGUUUCAGACAAUCAGGCACCUUAAAAUCUCACAAGCUUAUCCACACUGGAGAAAAGCCUUACACCUGUGACCUAUGUGGGAAGAGUUUCAUUGGAUCAGGCACCUUAAAACGUCAUAAGCUUAUCCACACUGAUGAAAAGCCUUACACCUGUGACCUAUGUGGGAAGAGUUUCUGUCAAUUGCAACACUUGCAGUGUCACCAAUGUAUCCACACUGGUGAAAAGCCUUACACCUGUGACCAAUGUGGGAAGAGUUUCAGACAAUUAGGCACUUUAAAAUCUCACAAGCGUAUCCACACUGGAGAAAAGCCUUACUCCUGUGACCAAUGUGGGAAGAGUUUCAAACAAUCAGGCACCUUAAAAUCUCACAAGCGUAUCCACACUGGAGAAAAGCCUUACUCCUGUGACCAAUGUCGUAAGAGUUUCAUUGACUCAGGCAACUUAAAAUGUCACAAGCGUAUCCACACUGGAGAAAAGCCUUACUCCUGUGACCAAUGUGAGAAGAGUUUCUAUCGAUUGCAACACUUGCAGUGUCACCAAUGUAUCCAUACUGGUGAAAAGCCUUACACCUGUGACCAAUGUGGGAAGAGUUUCAGACAAUCAGGCACCUUAAAAUCUCACAAGCGUAUCCACACUGGAGAAAAGCCUUACUCCUGUGACCAAUGUGGGAAGAGUUUCCGUCACUUUAACUCAAUGAAGCAUCACCAACAAAUCCACGCAAGAGAAAAGGUGCAUCAGUGCACCAAUGCACCUGUAGAAAAUGAAAAACCUCAUCAAUCGACUGGUUGUCCAAAGUUCGCAUUUGGAUUGUAAAAGUUGUUUUGAAAUUGAAUAAAAAAUAAAAAUAAAUAUUAUAAUGCAUGA